CCACCCCCACCCCCCGCGUCCAUCCAAGGAAGCACGGCUGGUACCCUUGGGAACCUGAAAGAAGACGUGAAUUUGGAUUGCACCUGUGCCAGCAAUGGAUAUAGAUGAUGUGUUUUGCAACCUGCGCGUUGUUGGUGUACCAACGAAGAGUGCAAUAUACAUGUGGGGGUAUAACCAGAGUGGCCAGACUGCACGGAAGGGCAAGGAGCGCCACUUGAGAAUCCCCAAGAGCCUACCUCCCAAACUAUUCAACUGCAGAGAUGGUGAGAACUUCAGAUGGAUUGAUAUUGCUUGUGGCCGUGAGCACACUGCUGCAGUUGCUUCAGAUGGAUCACUCUUCACAUGGGGUGCAAAUGAGUUUGGCCAGUUGGGAGAUGGGACAGAGGAGAGUGCAAAAGAACCUAAAAAGGUCAAUGCACUGGAGACUGAGUUUGUGAAAUCAGUGUCCUGUGGUGCACAUUGUACAGCUGCUAUUGCCGAACCUCGAGAAAAUGAUGCCACAAUAUCAAAAAGCAGGCUCUGGGUUUGGGGACAGAAUCAGGGCUCAGAUUACCCUCGUCUAUUCUGGGGUGCUUUUGCACCAAACACGGUAAUUCAACAGGUUUCUUGUGGAGCUGUUCAUGUGGUGGCCCUAUCGGAUGAUGGCCUGUUGCAAGCAUGGGGCUACAAUGAGCAUGGUCAGCUUGGCAGAGGUUGUACUUCUGAAGGACUACAGGGAGCUCGCGUGCUAAAUGCUUAUGCAAGGUUCCUUGAUGAAGCGCCUGAGCUAGUGAAGAUUGUUAGAGUAUCAUGUGGAGAGUACCAUGCAGCAGCUAUAUCAGAAAAUGGGGAGGUAUAUACAUGGGGACUUGGAAGCAUGGGGCAGCUUGGACAUUGCUCGCUUCAGUCUGGAGAUAAGGAACUAAUCCCAAGGAGAGUUGUCGCGCUUGAAGGAAUAGUAACUAAAGAUGUGUCUUGUGGUGGGGUUCACUCUUGUGCUGUAACUGAAGGUGGAGCCCUCUACGCUUGGGGUGGAGGACAUGUGGGUCAGCUGGGGCUCGGACCUCAGAGCGGCUUCUUUUCAUGCACUCUUAAUGGAUCUGAUGUGCUACUUCGUAACAUUCCAGUCCUGGUCAUUCCGUCAGGUGUACGGCUUGUUACUUGUGGUCAUUCCCACACACUUAUAUCUGUGAAAGAUGGCCGUAUAUAUGGAUGGGGCUAUAACAGUUAUGGUCAGGCGGCUAAUGAGAAAUCUACUUAUGCUUGGUACCCCUCUCCAGUUGAUUGGUGUGUUGGAGAGGUGAGGAGACUUGCUGCAGGUGGUGGCCAUUCAGCUGCGUUAACUGAUGCAUCCUCCUUAAAAGAACUAUGUGAGUUCAAACUAGCAGAGAUUGUAAAUCUGUCGAAUGCUCGGCUAAUUGAGGAUAUUGCAUCACGAACUGGGGCUGAUGCUUUGGCACGUCUGUGUGGGAAAUUAAGGGAACAUUUGGUUGAGCAAGGGGACUCUGAACUUCUGGAAGUGCACGUGGUUGAAGAGAUUGAGGCUAAAGCGGGUUAGACUAGUAGGGAAUCUAUGAUCCCUUCUUACCAUACACAUUGAUUCAAGCAUUAUUGUGUUGCAUUUCAUGGAAAGUUUACUUGACUGAAACCUUAUUGAUGGUCUCCUAAGCGGAACAAAAGAGUGGAGGAUUUGUAUAUGUAUCAUGAACUUCCAAGUGGUUUGUAUCACCAAGUAAACAUGUACGCA